AUGUCGCUUCUGUCGGCCCAGCAGUACUACCAGCUGCCCUCGGUCCAGGCGGCGCUCGAGCCGCUGCGGAGGAGAGUCGCCAAGCACAUCCGCAAGCACCGCCCGCUGAAGCGUGCCCCGUCGUCCAUCUUCACAUCCGCCUCCAUCGGGCUCUUUGUCGCCCAGCUCCGGGACUUUCACUCGGCCGCGAUCGCCCAGCAGGCCGCGGACGUGCCGCUGCGGUUCCCGCCAAAGCUCUUCAAGGAUAUCGCCGAGAGAGGCUCGCUCUUUGAGAUCCUCACGGUUGCGUUUUUGUUCCUGGCCGAUCACAACUGGCUCGAGGGCUGGGACUUUUCCGCCCGCAGCCGAUUCUCGGACCACAUCCGCCUCUUGAACGCCAUCCAGGAUCACCUGCUCUCAAAUGCGCUGCUGGAUCGCAAGUAUAUUGCUGUCAAUGUCGAAUCCCUGCCAAAGGACACUGAGCGCGAGCUGAUUCAGACUAUCGAGCAUCUCGGAGGUAUCCAUGUCCCGGCUGACCACGAGAAUGUCACGCAUGUCAUCUGCGAGUACGCCGACCCGACGCAGUCGGCGGGCGAAGAGUACUAUCGCACUAUCGAGAAGCUGGAUGGAUUCUGCCUACUGCAUUAUUGGUACAAGCCGGACUCUCAAGACAUCUGGGUCGUCCACAGCGAGGAGUUGCUGGAUCCCGAGCCGCCGCCGCCGCACGUCCGGCCGUGGCUCGUCAGCUCCCGUUGGCUUACCGACAGCCUCAAGUAUCACGAGUGGAUGCGAGAGGCACGGCUCUCGACCUUGACGGCACCACGUCACUGCGUGGAUUGCAUAUGGCUAACCCGCACGAACUGUCUCCAUUCCUGGCCAACGAUUCAGAAUGAAGAGGACUAUGAGAUUGAGGCGCCAGACGACGGGGAAAACGACGACGGCACUGCGAGCAGCACCUUCCGCAAAUCCAGCGAUAUGGGUGAGGAGGUGUCAGUCGAGGAUGACGAUGACGACGGCGACAGCGACAGCGACAGUGGCAACAGCAGCAGUGACGAUGAUGACGACAAUGCAGGUUUACACAGCCAAGUUGCGAGCGAUCAGGACGAACCCUACCGCGCACCAAAGGUCAUCAUCAAGUCGUCUGGCCAGCGAAGCUCGGGUCCCCGCAAGUCGCAUGCCGGCCGAACCCACAAUGGAUACCACAACGAAGACGACAACGACUCUCAAGGCGACAGGCUCUCUGAAACCCUCGAUGUGAAAGACGACGCUACGGCACCGCGGAGCCGCUCGAUCAGCCUGGCGUCGCUCGGUCGCAACAAGGACGACUCGAGUGGCCGCUACGAAAUCGAAAAGCGUCUGCGAUACGGCAUCUCGCUCGCGAACCAGUCGGAUUUUGAGUCCCACCCCAAAGUGGUCAAGAUCGACAACGACCUGCGUGGGUUCCGAGCGCGGCGAUACGAAUACGAGCCUGUGCAUCCCAGCGAGAUUGCCAACGUGUUCCAGCCGAUCAGCAGCGCACUCGACGCGGACGAGGACAGCGACGAGCCCAAGUCUAAGGAGCGGCCUCCGUUCCCUGAGCGCAGCCAGUGGUUUUCCUUUGACGGCAUCCACGAAGCCGAGCUUCUUUACUUUCCUGAGCUCCGGGAUGCCGACGACCUUGAGGGCUACAUCCGCUUCCGCAACAAAAUCAUUGAGAUGUACUGGGCCAAGCCCGAGUCGUUCCUGAGCCUGCGCAACAUUGACCGCAAGAUCCGCCAGCAGCCAGUGGAUCUGCUUAAAAUGCAUCAGUUCCUCGAGCACUGGGAUCUAAUCAAUGCUCAGGCGCGCGAUUCCGGGCUGCUGUGGGAAGUACUCAACAAUGCAUUCACACCGCGCAAUCUCGAGGAUAUACCGACAAGCGAGAGCCAGGACCUCGUCUACCACCACGAUCUCGAGCCUUCCAGCACCUACCACGAGCCGUCGCUAUCACUCAUUCGGCCGCAGCUGUGCCGCACAUGUCGCAGCACCCUUACCAAGUCGCGGAUCUACUUCAACCCGAGCUACAAAGAGUACCUCCUCUGCCAGACAUGCUAUCUGGACGGGCAGUACCCGCCAAUGUUUAACGGACAGAGCUUUGUGAGACUCGAGUCAAUGUUUGAGUACCUUGCCUGCGACAACCCCAAAACCAACACGUUCUCCGAGUGGACCGAGCUCGAGACACUGAAGCUUCUCACCGCCGUUGAAUCGUUGGGCGUCAACUCGUGGCCCGAAGUUGCAAAGGCCGUCGGAACUCGAACAAAGGAAGAGUGCGUCAUGAAGUUUGUCCAGCUGGAUCUGGGCGAGGAGCUGCUCACCAACCGCAGCCCUCUUGCCGAUCUCGAUGGCUCAGUCGAUCCCGCAAGCACGCAGUUGGUUUCACCGAGCAUCGAUGUACCGAGGGCUGACUGUGCCAACCUCGGUGCCAACAAGCAUCCAUCGGAGCCAUCGCAGCAUCAAGCCAUACAGAAGCCAGCAGAAUCGUUGGAAUCUCGGGCAGUGUGCCCGCCUUUGAGCGAUGGCCCUUCCACUGCCGAGGCCGUCAACACAGAAGAAUCGGAUCUCGAUAUUGACUCGGUCGACGAUGUGUUGAUGACGGAUGCCGUCGCGGCUGAGGAUGCAUCCGACGAGAGGCGAUCGACGAGACUUCUUGGCACAGUGCCCGCUGAAUCUGUCCUUGCCUCAGACCAUCCCCAGCCCGACCGAUCCAAGUCGAGCCCCGAAUCUACUGGCCCACUGCACUGUUGCGGAAUCGAAAAGUCCAACGAGGCCGCAUCGACUGGACAGCCAAGUUCAUACUGCGUUCUGUCAGAGUCGCCGAAUCCGAUCGUGGCACUGCUGGGCUUCUUGGCGAGAGAGCUGGCUCCAUCUGUGGCUGCCGCCGCCGCAAAAGGUGCCCUGAAAGUCCUGUGUGCGGAGCUUGACGACGAAGCCGACUCGGGGUCCAAGCUCACGACUGGCGCAGGCGGCGUGGCCCAAGCGAAGCCGUCCACCGCCAUGAUGCCGAUAAAACCAGAGCCAGGAGUGGACGCUGCUGCGGUGGCAUCUGGACUAGCAUCUGCAACAGGCACGGGAACGCCACCAACGACAUCGAUCAAGGCUCCAGCGAACAGCGCCGUCGGCUUACCGGACACCAAGCCUGCACCCGGAAGAGACAGUAGUCGGGCGAUUCCGCCGAGCACCGAGUCUCUGGCGUUCGAGUCGGCGCUCGGCCAUGCCAGGGAAGAAGCCCGGCGCACAGCACUUUACGAGUCUGAUAGGAUCACCGGCUGGAUCUCGGCGCUGAUCGACAUCCAAACGCAUGCGAUCCGCGAAAAGCUGUCAUUUCUGGAGCGCCUCGAACGACAAUUAGAUGGGCCGUGA